CUGCAAACUGAAUCAGCAGGAUGUUCCCCAUGGGUGGAGAUGCCUUUCCUUACGCAGGCCAGACAUGGCCGGCUCAUGGUGCUGCCAUGAUGCGCUCGGUCUUCGGCGCGGCGGAUGACCUGCUGAGAGGCGCCGAAGGCGGCCAGCCCAGCUUUCCUCAGCAUGCGCCUCCCGGGAAGUUCAUCUUCCGGCCGCGCACGGGUCGCAUGAACUGGCGGCUGCUCCACUCUCUGGACAUAGACCGAGUUGUGCGGGAAGGUGAUGUUGAUACAAUCCAGGCCUACAUGGACAAUAUCACCUUUUCCCGGUUUGGCCGGGAAGACCUGGAUGUGACCAGCGAUGAUUGUAUCAUCAAGGUCGUGCAGCUCGCACAGCUCUGCAUGGAGUUUCUGAACUACAUGUGUGCAUCCUCCCAGCAUCUGGUCCAGGGGCUUACCGAGAAGGUCCGGAUUCAGGCUGCUCAGCUCAAAGUGGCCGACACGCGGCGGCGCAGCGAAAGGCCCCGCCGCAGCCCGAGGGGCGAGCGGCAGGCCCAGGCCUUUGUGCGGAAGUGCCCCCACUGCACCAAGCGCUUCCAGUCUGAGCAGUAUUUGAACGAGCAUCUUCUGCGGCGCCACAUUGCAGACGUCUUCCAGGUUGAGAAGGUGCCAGAGCCCCAACCAGAAAGCAUCCUUGGCGGGCGAGGGCAAGGACUGGACAGUUCGGAGAUCUCCGAGGCCGUGAAGACCGCAACGCAGGAGCUGCACGAGCAGCUCCAGGAGGGCAUGAAGUCCCAGCUGUCGGAUGUGAAGCGGCACUUCCAGAGCGCGCUGAGCAGCAUGCAGGAGAACGUGGGCCAGGUGGCAACAGACCUCGGGCGCAUGAGAGAAGAUGUGGGGAAGCUGAAGGCUACUCCGCCAGAGGUGGUUGUGAAGCCUGCCGAGCCCCCGCCAGAGCCCAAAGGCGUGGCCUUUGAUCCGACUUCCCUGGAAAAGCGAAUCGACGAGAAGAUGUCGGAGCUGCUCCAGGAACACAGGUCGCAGCUGCUGGCCAAAGUGGAGGACUUGGCUAAGACCAAAGCGGAGAACGUCGAGAAGCCGGAGAAAGAGGAGAAGCCAGAGGACACCGGGCUCACAGAGGUGCUUCAGCAGCUGCGUUUGUUGAAGGAGGAUGUGCAGAAGCAGCUGGCCGCUCAGGCUGAAGAGGUCUCCAAAGCGACGGCAGCCAGCCUGGCGGCGUUCAAGGAGCGCCCGGUGGUGCAGCAGGCUCCGCCGGCGCCCAAGCCGCUGCCGGCGCCGGCCGAGCGGCCGGCCGAGCAGCCGGCGCCGGCCGAGCAGCCUGCGUCGGAGAUGCCGCAGCCCAAGGCGGAGCCAAAGGCGGAGCCCAAGGUGGAGCUUGAGGAGCCACAGGCGGAAGCGCCAUCUGCCCCAAAAGCGCCAGAGCAGCCGAUGCUGCCGCUGCCAAAAAAGCCACCCCCACUGGAAUUGGAAGAUGCUCCGGACAUGGCAGACUUUGAUUGGUCCAAGAUGAUGGGGCCCACUUCGCCGGCCUUCCAGAAAGCGUUGGAAGAAGGACUCGCCAAGUGCAGCUCCGACGCGGAGCGGCUGCGCUUCAUGAUCUCCAUGACCGGGGAGCGCACUCGGCCGAGAAAGCCAACAGAUGGGCCGCGAGACUUGGAGAAGACUUGGGGAGGCACGUUGUCCCCCAAGGAUGCCAAGGCCGCGAUGAUGCCGCGGGAGCCGCCAGAGCCGCGGCCGACGCCUGAGGUAAAGGCGCCUGACAUGAAGGCGCCUGCGGCCAAGGCCAAGGAGACACGUGAGACCUUGGUGACCCGACGUGCCUUUGCCAGUGGCCUGCAAGGAUUUCUGCAAAGGUGCAGGCCAGAUUUGUUGGCUGCCCCAGAGGCACCUCCUGCAACGCUGUCUGUGACUGCUUUGAUGGAGUCUGCUGCUGCACAGCCGCUUAUUUCGAGUCAGCCGCCCCUGCCCCCACCCGGCAAAGCGCCCAGCGGAUCUGAAUCUUUGCUGAGCGCACCUGCAAAGGCACUUCCAGCAAGCGCUCCCUUGGCGCUCCCGCCUGCGGGUGCUGCUCCCCUGGCACUGCCGCCGCCAUCCACUACAACUCCGUUAUUACAGCCGCCAACGAUACCCAAAGCAUUGCAAUCAACAGCUGCAGUAUCUCAGCCAGUGCAGCCUGCUGCUCCUGGUGCACAGCCGCCAGCUGCGCAACCACCCGUUGCAAAGCCACCUGCCACACAACCGGAGAUGGUGCAGCCACCUGUUGCAAAGCCACCUGGAGUGCAACCGCCGCCACCUUCUACGCAACCACCUGCACAAAGCCACCUGCAGCACAGCCACCUGCAGCACAGCCACCUGCAGCACAGCCACCUGCCGCGCAGCCACCUACUAUGCAGCCACCUUCCACACAACCACCUGCAGCAAAGCCACCUGCAGCACACCACCUGCAGCGCAGCCACCCGCAGCGCAGCCACCCGCAGCGCAGCCACCUGUGGCAAAGCCACCUGCCGCGCAGCCACCUGCAGCAAAACCACCUGCAGCACAGCCACCUGCAGCGCAGCCACCUGCCGCGCAGCCACCUGCAGCGCAGCCACCUGCAGCGCAGCCACCUGCCGCGCAUCCACCCACAGCGCAGCCCCCUGCUGGCCAGCCUGCAAAGCCGCCAUCAGCACCACCCAUGCAGCCCUUGACAGCCAAACCUUCAGUUCCACCGGGUCAGCCCCCUCAGCCGCCUUUGCCACAGCCACCAGCCCCGCCAGGCGCCUCUCGCUGCAGCCAGCACGCAGGCGCCCCAAGGACCUGAAGGUUGACAUGACCUUCGCAGUUUCCAGCGAUGAAGCUUUGAAAGGCGAAGCAAUGGCGCCCAAGGCGAAGCCUCGCUGCCUCCUCAUUGGUGGUCAGUUCACUGGCAACUUCUGUGCCCGUGAGCUCAAGAAGCAGUUCCAUGUGACGGUGGUGGACUGCAAGGAGUACUUCGAGUACACCCCCGGGGUGCUGCGGGCCUUCGUGAAGCCGGCGCACCUGGACUCCCUGACCUUCACUUUGCAGCCCGUUUAUGAGCGCAAGAUGGGCGUGAAGUUCAUUUGGGGCGAGGUGAAGGAGCUGAAUGGCGAGAAGAAGACGGCAAGCAUCAAGACGAUGUCAUCCAACAGCAUCGACGAGAUCGGAUUUGACUACUGCAUCAUCUGCUCGGGCUGCAACUUUGGGCCCUUCAAGCCCAUGGGCGAAUCUUUGUGGUUCCCCACGGUCCACGAAGAAGCGCGUGGCCACAGCGACUGGAAGCACAUCGAUGAGCGCUUCCUGGAGGGACGCCGCCGACACGUGCUGGAGGAGUAUCAGAAGCUGCAUGACCUCAACAAGAAGAAGUCCACGGUUUUGGUGGUCGGGGCGGGCUUCAUUGGCGUGGAGUGGGCAACCGAGCUCGAGCACUUCUUCCCGGACUUGAAGAUGACCAUCAUCGACUUCCUGCCGCGCUGCCUGGGCCCGCUGCCGGACAGUGCAGCGGACUACUGCUCCGAGUACAUGACAGCGGCUGGCAUCAAAGAGUUUUACAACUGCAAGUACGACCCAAAGAGCCCAGAGUUCUGGAAGCAGAUCGAGCUGCCCAACGGGGCGGACGAGACCUAUGUUUGCAUCGGUGUCAAGGCCUCCAACUAUUUCAUGCCCAAGGAUACUCUCUCCGACAAGGGCCCAGGAGGCGGUGGCUGGAUCCACUUCAACAAGUUCAUGCAGGUGACCAAGAAGCCGUCUCUGGGCGGGGGCGUCUGGGCGGAUGGCUCCAUCUUCGCCGUGGGCGACUGCAACUACGGCUGCAUCGGCGAGCCGGGCAACUGGGAGAUGCCCCCGGUGCCCAAGAUCUCGUACCCCGGGGAGGAGCAAGCCUACCAUGCCUGCCUGAACGUGAUGAAGCUUGCGAAUGACAACAAGAACCUGGUGAAGACCUGGUGGCCCUGGGGCGCCGGCAUGUUCGCCACCAGCCUGGGCCCCCAUGACGCCUGCUUCGUGGUGGCCGCCAACGAGAACAAGAACUCCGGGUACAUGGUGAACUGGUGGAUCCCAGCUGCCCUGCAGAAAGAGAUCAUCGAGACCUCCAAGAUCGAUGAGUGCCGGGACCGCUGGGUGGGCAUUUUGAUUUGGCACUUUGUGCAUCACACGCCCGUCCACCUCUUCGGCCGCGGCCCGUGGUUCUUGUGA